AUGUCACUAUUACUAAACCUUGGCCGCAAUGGAAUGCUCCAGCGACGGGCAGGUCCAUUGUUGUUCACACCUCGGGCAAAGGCGGUACCAACACCAGCAGCAGCAGCAGCAGCAAUUGCUAGAGGAGCAUCGAGUAGCCGGGCAUCCGCUGCCUCUACCUCUAGAGAAGCGGAGGGCGCACCUGGUACCGCGGCGGCGGUGCAAUCAUCGGUCGAGGAAGAGGUGCGACGCAUUCGAAACAUCGGGAUCAUCGCGCACAUCGAUGCUGGCAAAACCACCACCACGGAGCGCAUCUUGUACCUCACUGGGAAGAUCACACGUCAGGGAUCCGUAGACUCAGGCGACACGGUCACGGACUUCAUGCCGCAGGAGCGGGAGCGAGGGAUAACCAUCCAGAGCGCCGCCGUGACAGUGGAGUGGGGGGGAGGGAGGAUCAACGUGAUCGACACGCCGGGGCACGUGGACUUCGGGCUUGAGGUGGAGAGGUGCGCCCGCGUGCUGGAUGGAGCGGUCCUUGUCCUCGACGGGGUGGCGGGGGUCCAGGCGCAGACAGAAACGGUCUGGCGCACGGCGCAGAAGCACGAGAUCCCAGCGAUCGCGUUCGUGAACAAGCUUGACCGGCAAGGAGCCGACUUCAAGCACGUCUUGGGCACUCUGGAGCGCCGGCUGGGAGUGCUCCCCCUCCCUCUGCAGAUACCGGUGGGCACGGGGACGGACUUCGUAGGCAUGGUAGACUUGGUGACCAUGACUGCCAUCCUCUACCAAGCGGGGGCCGACGGCUUGGGGAAAAUGCGCGCAUCGGCCAGGGACAGCGUUACCUUCGUGACGCUGCCACUUGACCACGCCAACGACAUUUUCCCGGGGACGGUGAAGCGGGCAAACGCGGCGAGGCAGGAACUGCUCUGGGCCCUGGCCGAUGCGGACGAGGCCUUCGCCGAGCUGGUCCUAGAGCGAGACCAGCGGGGCGGCGGCGGCAGCGACGACGCCAACGACGACCUCUACAGCCUCCCUGAGAUACUGUCCGCCGUGCGGCGCGUCUGCCUCUCCCGCGCCGCCGUCCCCGUCCUCUGCGGCUCCUCCCUCCGCGGCAUCGGGGUCGAGCCGCUGCUGGACUCCGUCUCGACCUUCCUGCCCUCCCCGCUGGACCGGCCGAGACCGACCGGGGUCGUGCGGGAACCGGCGUCGAGGAGCGGCGGCGGCGGGAAGAAGAGGAGGAGGGAGGGUGCCGGUGUUCGGGCCGCCGGCGGCGCGGGGGCGGCGGGGACGGAAGAGGGAGGGGCGGUUUUUGAGGUGGACCCUCUGCAGGACGACCUGGUCGCUUUCGUUUUCAAGGCUAAGGUUUCCAUGUAUAACUCCACGAGAGGAGCAGAGGAACGACCGCUCCAGGUCCUCCGAGUCGAGGCCGACGACCUGCGGAUGGUCGACUCCGUAUCCUCGGGCGACGUGGCGGUGGCCGUGGGACUGCCGCACGCAGCCACCGGCGACACUUUCGUCGGCCUGCGGGGGGGGCUGAGGGGCCUGCAGCUGGACGGAGUCGCGGUGCCCCCUCCGGUCUUUUCCUUGGCAGUGGAGGCGGAGUCGUCCAGCCAGCAGGCAUCUUUCGAGGCGGCGCUGGCGCACAUGGUGCGGGAGGACCCUUCUCUGGUGGUGGAAGUGGACGAAGAGUCCGGCCAGACCGUGCUCAAGGGCAUCGGGGAGUUACACCUGGAGGUCGCUUGCGAUAGGCUUCGAAGAGAGUUUGGCGUCCAGGUCCAGACGGGGCAGGCCUACGUGGCCUACCGGGAGGGCAUUUUAGAGGAGACCGAGAUAGACGAGGAUUACGAGCGCACUUUUGGCGGCAAGACAAUCGCUGCGGGGCUGACGAUCAGGGUAACGCCGACGGACGACUUAUCAUCCGCGCCAGAGGUUCAAGUCUCGCCGGAGGUGGAGGCAGGGCUGGUGAAAGACGAGAUGGACGCGCUGUUGGGAGGGCUCAACGACGCGCUCCGCCGCGGGCCGGCGGGCGGCUAUCCUAUGACCGGCCUGACCCUCCGGGUGCUCGCGGCGAGGAAGUUCGGCGACCGCGCCACUACCCCGGGGGCGGUCCGCUUCGCGGCCGCGUCCGCCGUCGCCCGCGCCGCCCGGGAGGCUGGAGGCGGUCUCCUGGAGCCCAUGAUGGAGGCCGAGGUGUCGGUGCCGGAGGCGCACGUCGGCGCCGUCCUGCAGGACCUGACGGCCAACAGACGGGCGGAAGUGCGGUCGGUGGAUGGGCCGGAGCUAGUGGCGGCGGCGGCGGCGGCGGCGGCAGGUAGAGGUGACGGCGGUGGCGGGGGGCGGGGGGUGGGGGUGCGGCACGAGGUUCGGGUGCGGGUACCCCUGAGGGAGCUGCUGGGGUACGCGACGACUCUGCGGUCGCUGUCGGCCGGGGAGGCGAGCUUCACGAUGGAGCUGGGGGGCUACGCGAGGAUGGACGAGGACGCGCAGAGGGCCGCCCUUGACGGGGGCUGGUGA